GGUUUUGCAGGAACUGAAAAUUCAGUUUGGCCAUGUGCUGGGAUGUGCUGAAAUUGGUACCUACAAAAUAUCAAUUGGACGAGGUGGUGCUCUUUGUUUGCUUGUGCAGCUACGUGGGUUGGAUAAGCGAGUCGGUUCACAAAUUAUAGCCCAAACUCCACAAUCUGGUCAAGUGGUAUUGGACCAUGCAAUCAUUACCAUGAAGAAGGGGGAGAUGGCAUUGUUGACGCUGUCCCUGAUUUGGGUUAUGAACCACAGGUUGGAUGAUGGUGCUAUGGUUGCAACAACAUCAGAAGGGAGUCGAAUUUCAUGUGAAAGAUGGCCAUUUUGUCCAACAUUGCCAAAAGCACUCAACACCAUCAGAAGGGGAGAGAAGGAAGAGGCAAGGGAGGUUACAGCAAUGGAAAUACACAACAAAGGAUGUAACUGUAAAAAAUCAGGGUGGCUCAAGAAGCAUUGCGAGUGCUUUCAGGCCAACGUUCUGUGUUCUGAAAAUUGUAAAUGCAUGGACUGCAAAAAGUUUGAAGAAAAUGAAGAGAGAAAGGGUUUUUUCCAUGGGGACCAUGCUAAUUUUAUGUCUUACAUUCAACAGGCAGCCAACCCAGCAAUUAACGGGGCCAUUGGGACUUCACAUCUUGGUACCCUUCCAGCAUCAAAGAAGAGAAAAAAUCAGGAACUUUUUUUCGGUGGAACAGCCAGCGAUCAAUCUAUGCAUAGGAUUACACAGUUUCAACAGAGUGCAAUUUAUCAGUUUCUGGCUUCGUCCGAGGUGAGUUUUGGAAAUGCACCUUUUGUCAUGUACCAUCUAAUGAGCAUUCUCUUGAAAUUUUUGGAGCUCCAAUUACAUGACCGAAGAAGAAUAUCUGGGCAAAUAUGUCCAUUAGAGUAUCAAGCACUCCAUUCUCGAAAAAAUUAUGCUGCCAGCAUAUCAUAUAUAGGCAUGUAUAAAAACCAAUUACAAGAAUUGGCUCAGAGAAGCUGCUUCAACCUGCCGGCUUAUUCAUGUAUCCGAGAAGGUCCAGAUCAUGCCCCCCGAUUUAAAGCCACUGUCAACUUUAAUGGAGAGACAUUUGAAAGCCGCACGUUCUGUUCUACCUUGAGGCAAGCAGAACAUGCUGCAGCAGAGGUAGCUCUGACCACACUUGCAAACAGAGGCCCCUCUAAAGCCUUGGCUGCAAGAGUUUUGGUGAGUGUUUAAUUGAGUUUGUUUCCCAUUGUUUUAUUGUCUUCUGUACUUCACUACUUAGUUUGGUAGGUCGUUUUGAUCAUAAACUAGAAUGUUUCAUUGUCUUUUGCCAUCAAUUUAUGGAAAAUACCCUUUGUUGAUGCAAAAGUUAAGGAAACAAAAUGGAAAUGAAGACUUAACAUUUGACAUAUUGACCAACAUAACUCUAAUGUUUGAAAUAAUUAUCAGGUUCUAGCUGAAUUAAAUAGAGCAGCAUAAUUAACAGUCAUUUUCUUUAACCUGAUUUGUGGGCUUUUGAUUCAUUUUGGGCUUCUUUGGUUUAAUUACAUAAUGUUAUUUAUUAGGUUAAUUAAAGGAAGGCAUUGUGCUGAUAUGGUGUUGGUGACGGUAAAACCAACACGGAGUUUAAUUAAGCGACAGUAAUUAAAUAAUGCAAUACCCAAUUUAUUAGUGAAGAGUCAACUUGUUGACCAAGCAAUGAUUGUGUCCAAAAUGUAGGGGGUUAAACCAGCUCAAGUGCUCACACGG